GAGGCCAAGUCCCUUCAGCCUCCUUUGAUAUCGAGACGAAACUCGGCAAUAACCCGACCAGUCGCGCUACAUGUGUGUUCAGUUAAGACAAACCGAGCGGGUCUCCGUUGUCGUCGCGUACAACUUUCUUCUCUCUCCAUCCCAGAUGUCAGAGGAGGCGCUGCCUGGGUGUUCGUAACGGGGAAGAUGGAGAGCGGAAGUGUAACAGGUUAGGUGCCGCUAACACCAGACAGUCGUUAGUCGUCAACCGGUGGACGACGACGACAACAACAUCAACAACAGCAGCAGCAGGUUGACGGUCCAGUCAUGUCGGACGUAGACGGCGAGGAUGAUGAGACCUAUGAAGUCGGAGACAACGAGAAGGUGCAGAUUUGCCCUUUGACCCAAGAAACCAUAAGUCAGGGCCUGUCAUUACUUUGCCGAACCGGAAAUGGACUGGGACAUGCCUUUGUCAAACUGAACCUGAAAGACAAAGGACUGAAUGACAUGGCUGCAAUUAGCAGUUUUAUUCACCUUCGUUUUCUGGACGUAUCCAACAACCACCUCACUGAUCUUUCCCCCCUGGCGACACUGAUCCAGCUGCUUUGGCUGAAGAUUGACAAUAAUGCUGUGGCAUGCUUCAAAGGGCGUCCGUUCACUCAGUUAAACUACCUGCAGUGGCUGAGUAUGACGGCCAACCAGCUGACCGACCUCAGUGGCCUCGUUGGACCUGCUCUGGAGACCCUCAAUCUAACAGGUAACCGUAUUAACCGUAUUAAUGGACUUCAACGUGGGAGUUUUGACAACCUGGCAACCCUAGUGCUGAAAGGAAACCACCUCGAGACCACUGAUGGCAUCAACCUUCCAAACCUGCGGCAAUUAUAUCUAGCCCAAAAUAUGAUCAUACGUCUGGAGGGUUUGGAGAAGUUGGAGCGCCUCACCACCCUCCAUCUUCGAGACAACAAGCUAGCCACUCUGGAGGGUCUCAGCCCCAGCAUGAGGUGUCUUCAGUACCUCAAUGUCAGAGGAAAUGCAAUCUUGGAUGAGAUUUCCCUACAGUACCUUGGGCUUGUGUCAAAAACACUACGCACCUUGGUGCUUUCUGACAACCCAGUGGUGGAAACGACAGACCACCGACUAAGUGUACUGAUUCUCGUGCCACAGCUGGAGCGAGUUGACAAGGUUCCCGUCUCCCCUGAGGAGAGGAUUGAGGCCCGGGACAAAAUCAAGGAACAUAAAGAAGAGGAAGUGCCUGAACCAUAAGAUUUGAAAUAAUGGCCAGAAUAAGGAAGCGUUUCACUUCCUCAUUCCUCACACGUUAGGUGUGACUGUGAGAAGCAUUGUGCAUCUUGUAUGAUGCAUCAUCCAUACAUUUGUACAUUACGAGUGCUUGUGUCAUCUUUUCUCACAAUUACAAUCUUUUUUAUCCAUAAUAAAAAUCUUUAAAUUUGUCA